AAGACAACCAAUUAAAACUUAACACGACUUUAAUAACAGUAUAUCGACAUUUACAAGGAGAGAUACAAACUACAAAUGAUCUCAGAUUAUAUUUUUUUUUAAAUAGAAAAAGUCAUUUAAAGUUAUAAAUAUUUUAUAUAAUUAAAACUACAAGCGUAAUGUAUGUUUUGUGAUAACCUAUCUUGCAAUGUCUAUUUUGAAGUGAUGCCUAGGAGUUGUUAAAAUGCUCUCAUCAAAGUGAAAACUAAUUUAAACAAAAAAAACUAACCAAGCUAUUUGAUAUGUGAUCACACCAAAAAUAAACCGUUAUACGGAGUAAGAAAACGGAAAAUGAAGUGGAACAAACAUAUAUUAUACUAUACAGACUGUCUAAAAAUACACAUUUAUUGUUUCAGAUGGUUACACACACUCUUUCUCUCUCUUUCUAUCUAUCUAAUUGUAUUGUGAUCAGUUUGCCAAGUUGGGCAAAUGGUAAAAGAGAGACAAUAACAGAAGUACUAAAAUUUAAGAGGCUACAAAAAGACAAGUCGAAACAUAUUCACACACUUAAAAAAGUUUUUUUUCACAUAUAUUUUUGUUAUAUACGUGUGGUGACUCUCUUUGACUCCUCUCUUCCUAUAUCACUCACUAUUUAUGUAUCCAUCUCUCCACACAUCUCUCUCCAUCUCACACACAUCUUCCUCUUAACACAUUACUAUUUAUUCAUCUCUUCAUUAUCAACACUAACAAAAAUCCUCGUCUCCUGUGUUAAUCUUUAUAUCUUGAUCUUGAUGGAAGCGUUUGAAGAGGCGAUAGCAGCCUCAAAGGAGCAAUCACUGAUCCUUAAAGGAAAGAGGACAAAGCGACAACGUCCACAAUCCCCUGUUCCUUUCUCUAGCUCUCCUCCUAUAGUUUCGUGCCACGCACACGACAUUGAAGAGGAAUACACUGAUCUUGAUUCCAAGGAAAAUGCCUUAGGCAAUAAUGUGGAGAACCACAAGAAGGAUGGUGUUAUCACGUCUUCAUCUUCGUCAGCCUCUUGGUCCUCUAACAACAACCCAACAUUAAAGGCCGAAGAAGACGAGGAAGAUCUAGACAUAGCCAGUUGUUUGAUCCUCCUUUCCCGAGGCCACGCUCUUCCACAGCUCAAGAUACCUAACCACGAAACAACAUACAACAAUAAGACGUAUAAAUUUAGCAGCAGGAGGUUCCUAGAGACUUCUUCAUCUAACGGUGGCGGUAAAGCUGGUUACUAUGUUUAUCAGUGCAAAUCAUGUGACCGGACCUUCUCUUCUUUUCAGGCUUUAGGUGGCCAUAGAGCUAGCCACAAAAAAACUAAGGCCACCUCCUUUUAUUCCAACCUUGACCACCUCAAGAAGAACAUAUACGAAAAUGAUUCACUCGCCACAACCACAACUAUUUACAAUAACAACAAGAAUAGAUCGCUUGUCGUGUACGGUAAGGCAGGUAACAACAAGGUUCAUGAAUGUGGAAUCUGUGGAGCCGAGUUUACGUCAGGACAAGCCUUAGGUGGCCACAUGAGACGGCAUAGAGGCGCGGUUGUUGUUGCUCCCACUGUGACGGUGGCCUUAGCUGCAGCCAACACGGAGUUAUCAUUGUCUUCGAUGUCGUUCGAUCAAAUAUCGACAAAGAGAGCUAAGAAGAUGGUGGUGUCAUUGGAUUUGGAUCUGAAUCUACCCGCACCGGAAGACGAGAAUAGGGUCAACGGAUUCAGCUUAGGUUUUAAGCAAAAACAUGAACAAGAACAUCAACAGACAAAGCAAAGAGAUGAACCAAAGUGUCUUGUCUUGUCUCCUCCUACUUUGGUGGAUUGCCAUUACUGAUUUAUUAUUAAUAUAUUAUAAACCAUAAUCUUAAGAAAAAAAAUAUUUUUGUAUAUCAAACGUUUAUUGUUUGUAUAACCGAUUCUUUGCUUGUUAAAGACUUGUGAGAUUCUUUUUUUCUGUUUUGUCUUUUUUUUUAAAGAGGAAUACUAAAAUUUAAUCACUUUGCUAGUUUCGAUUGUAUAAAAUUGAUAUCAUGUUCAUUUAUACUUUGGAUCAAAAAAAUCUUUAAAAAAAAAAACUAAAUUAAGUUCAUGAAAAGGGCAUGACAUGGCUCGAGUCUUGUUGUUUUAUUUCUUCCUCUCUUUUUUGGCAGUUGUACCAAAAGUUCUCUUUUCUAUUUUUUUUUUUUUGAAAAUUUCUCUUUUCUAUUUAUAAUAGUUAAUUUGAUAUUCGUGAAUUUUCAACACUUUCUGAGUUUUCACUGAACCAUAGAAAGCUUUUUUUUUUCUUUUUGCUAAAUAAAACUUACAAAUGUUGAUUUGAAACAAUGAGAAUUUAUAUGGCAGACUUCUUAGCUCGUGGUUUUUAUAUUCGUGAAUUACGACACCAAACCCACAUUUAAUCAUUCGCCUCCUUCAGAUAUAGUACUUGUUAUGUUCUAGUUUUGAAAAUAAAGUAACGGAUCCUUUUGUUUUCUACAGAAACAGAAACAGAUAAGUUAUAGUGCAUGCAUUAAAGAAAACAUCUACGAUAUUUUUGGAGAGUAUUAAAAUUAGCUGUAAAAGCUUUUGUUGACCCAAAAAAUGAUUUUUUUUAAAUGACCCAAAAAAAAGAUAUACAAAUAGUGCAUGCAUUCAUAUAUUUGUGUUUAAGUUAUUGUUUGUAUAUUCAAUUUUAGUAUAUAUUUGGUAUACUAUACAUUGAACUUAGACCAGUUUAUAGUAAAAAGUAACCGCCAUAAGAUAAUCAAGACUAUAAUAGAUCAAAAGAUAAUCAGUGUCCAACAUUACAGGUAGAUUAACAAUAUAUUUAACAUUUCCAACGUUUAUAACAGAAGAGAAAGACAGAUCUUGUAACGCAUAACCUCCAAAGAGAUAUAUACUAAAACUUGUAUAAAUACAUCAAAAUCUCAAAUUUUGAAAAGACCGAAAAAAAAAACACAUUCAAAAAUCUUAAACACAAAAUUAAGUAGAAAAUGAAACGUUUCAUAAUUGCUCUAAUUGUUUUAGGGGUUUGUGUUGAAUACACGUUUGGGAAAAACUUGUUUGAGAUCAUAAACAAGUUCCAAAAGAGGACCAAGCUCAGAGUCCAUUGCUAUUCAGGAAACGACGAUCUAGGGGUUCAAUACUUAAUGAAUGGGCAAGAACAACAUUGGAGAUUCAACGAUGCUGUUUUUCAUGCGACAGUCUUUAGAUGUGAGUUAAUGCAUGGAUAUGAAUUCCAGAAUUACCAGAAAUUCGAAGCUUAUAAUUCAAAACGGGAUAACGAUGGGAUUAAGAAAAACGUGACAUGGUUAGCCGUGGAAAGAGGUCUCUACAAGAUUUGGAAUCAUAGGACUCCUGAGUUUAUGUAUCCUUGGUUAUAAAUCAGUUGUCUAAUGUUUAAGCUGUUGCAAGUGAUGAUAAAAUCGAUGCUUGAAGUUCUUGUAACGCUUAUUAAUGUUUUUUCUUUCACACAAAAAUAUUCAAGUAAUUUCCUUAUUUUGAAAUAUAAACAAAUAUGUCUCGUCUCUUGAAUAGCAUUUUAUUUGUACCAAAAUGUACAAUGUUUUAAGUCAAUGUAUAAUAAUUACUAGAAAAAUAUUUUUGUUGAAAACAUAUCAUUAAGAUAUAAAUUAACAGUUAUUCAACUAAUUACGAAAUAAAUUAAAAAAUAACAUUAGUUACACAUAUUUUAAUACAAUUAAAUCUCAUAAAAAUAUUAAAUCAUUUACAUAUCGAAACAUUAAAAAUUCUCUUAAACAUCAUUUGUAUAGAAAUGAAAAAAAGAAAUUUAAUUCACUAAACAUUUGCUAGUUGUCCAAAAACAAAAAAAAAAUCACUAAACAUU